CUAUGUUAUUUGCAUUAUGUGCGUAACAUAAGAAAAAAUAUAUAAUUGUUAGAAUCAAAUGGGAAGUUUCCUUUUUUUAACAAAAAUCUUGGAUAUCUACUUUAUAUAAGAAGUUAUUAGUAUUCUUCAUUGAUAUUAAGCUUUAUAUCUCUUUAAUUAACAUUGCAAAAGUUACUAAUUAUCUUUUAAAUUUUUACACCAAUGUACUAUAUCUGAUGUGAUCUUUUAUUUAUAAAUUAGUUCGGAUAAUAUUUCAGUGUAAAUAAUUUAUAUAGUUCGGAUUGUAGUAACAAUAGUCUUUUACAUUAUGUUUGAUAACAUAGACAAAAAUCUUCUUUCUAUCAAAGCACAUUAUUUCUUAUUUAAUGCUGCUACUGGACCAGUAUUACCAUUUUUACCUACAAUUGCAAAACAAUUGGGUUUCUCUGGAAUUUUGGUCGGUACAAUAUAUACAAUAUUACCUAUAUCUGGCUUGAUUGCUAAACCAUUGUUUGGAGGAUUAGCUGAUAAAUUUAAUCUUCCUAAAACUUUUUUCUUAAUAUUUCAAGCAUUGCUUGCCAUAAGUCUGUUUUCAAUUUAUUUUAUACCUCAAUCUAAAACAAGUGCAAAUAUUACUCUUACUUGUGAAGGAGACUUAUUUUUAGAAGUAUGUUCAAAGAAAGGAUUUUCUGAUGAAAUAAUGCACGCUGUAAUAGCAACUGCAGAAACUACGGAUAAUCCUACAUGUCAGCUAUCUUGUAAAGCUUCUCAAAGAGCUUAUGAAGAACUGUGUCUAUGGAAUCCAUUAUACUGUUCUAUGAAUAGUUCUAAUAUCUUUUUGAAUGAAACAUUCGAUUUUGUAGCAACAAUUAAUAUGUAUAAAGAUUUACCUGAGAAAAACUGUACAAACCUAAGAGUUUCUAAUGUAACUUUUUCCUAUGGAAAUACACAUCCACCAGCUUGCAGAAAAUUAUUAAAAACUUCAUGUAUUGCAUCUUGUCAACAUCCAGCCUUGAAUGAAUUAUUACAUGAAUCUGAUAAUUAUAAUGUAUCCGCAACAGUUUUAACAUAUCAAUUUCAUAUAUUUUUAUGGGCUUCUAUAGUGAGCUGGAUUUGCAUGGCUGUUGUGGUUAGCAUAGCAGAUUCUAUUUGUUUCAAUUUACUUGGAAAUGAGAGAAGAAAUGAUUAUGGUAAACAAAAGAUGUGGGGAAGCAUUGGAUUUGGAAUUUUUGGUAUAAGUGCAGGAUACUUGGUAGAUAUUUUUAGUGAAGGACAAAUUCAAAAGGAUUAUACAUGUAUAUUUUUUAUCAUGUUGGUGUUUAUGAUUCUUGACAUUAUAAUGUCAGCUAGAUUGAGAAAGAAAAAUCCUGAAUGCUCUGAAGAAGAACCAUCAAUGCUGAGGGAGUUGUUAACUGUCACUAAAGAGGCUAAUAUAUGGGUAUUUGGAUGGUGGUGCAUAGGUGCUGGAAUGUGUACAGGAGUAAUAUGGAACUUCUUGUUUUGGCAUACAGAAAAUUUAGCUACAAUUACACAAACAAAAUGGCUUAAAACUCUCCAAGGUCUAUUGAUUGGCAUACAAUGUUUCUUAGCAGAAUUACCUUUUAAUUUCUUAUCAGGAAGUAUUUUGAAAAAACUUGGUCAUAUAAAUAUUAUGAGUCUUGUAUUACUCAUUUAUUCAAUAAGGUUUAUGGGAUAUAGUGUAAUAUCAAAUCCAUGGCUAUUUUUACCAUUGGAAAUAUUGCAUGGUCCAUCAUAUGGUCUCUGUUGGCCAACAAUGGUAUCUUAUGGUGACAAAGUAACUCCUCCAGGUACUCAAGCUACUAUACAAGGAUUAAUAGGUGCUAUUUUCGAAGGAAUUGGUGUAUCAAGUGGUACUUUAUUAUGUGGAUGGAUAAUGGAUGUAUAUGGAGGUGUUAUAGCAUUUAGAGUUUUUUCAGUUGGUGUUCUUGUAUGGCUAAGUAUUUUCUGGCUUAUGCAAUUAUUAUUACGCAAAAUAUAUACCACGCAAGGUCAUAAUCGUGAAUUUAGCUAGUUAUGCCAAUCCAGAUGAUGCUAUUCUAAUGACUAUAAGUCAAGAAUUACAAACGUAUUAAAAGAAGCAGAGAUUAA